CCGGCAGGAGGCCUUGCUCGCGCUAGCCUGGAGCUGCCGGGGGCGGGGCAGGAGGCGGGGCUUUCCCCGGCUGCCGCCAGGGGGCGGGGCCUCGGCUCCGAAGGGUGGGCUUUGGAGGGCAGUGAGUAGCUGCUUCCUUGUGUCCUGGAUUGCUCGGCUUCCGCUCAAGAUCAAACCCUGGCUGGGCCGGCCCUGGGGUCGCCAUGGAGUCCACGCUGGGCGCGGGCAUCGCGAUGGCCGAGGCGCUGCAGAACCAGCUGCCCUGGUUGGAGAACGUGUGGCUCUGGGUCACCUUUCUGGGCGACCCCAAGAGCCUCUUUCUGUUCUACUUCCCCGCGGCCUACUACGCCUCUCGCCGGGUGGGCAUCGCGGUGCUCUGGAUCAGCCUCAUCACAGAGUGGCUCAACCUCGUCUUCAAGUGGUUUCUGUUUGGAGACAGGCCCUUUUGGUGGGUCCAUGAGUCUGGGUACUACAGCCAGGCCCCAGCCCAGGUUCACCAGUUCCCCUCUUCUUGUGAAACUGGUCCAGGCAGUCCUUCCGGACACUGUAUGAUCACAGGAGCAGCCCUCUGGCCCAUAAUGACGGCCAUCUCUUCCCAGGUGGCCACCCGGACCCACAGCCGCUGGGUGAGGGUGAUACCUAGCUUGACUUAUUGCACCUUCCUGCUGGCGGUCGGCUUGUCCCGGGUCUUCCUCUUAGCACAUUUCCCGCACCAGGUGUUGGCUGGCCUAAUAACUGGUGCCGUCCUGGGCUGGCUGAUGACCCCUCGGGUGCCCUCAGAGCGGGAGCUGAGCUUCUACGGCUUGACCUCACUGGCCCUCUUGCUGGGUGCCAGCCUCAUCUAUUGGACCCUCUUUACCCUGGGCCUGGAUCUUUCCUGGUCCAUCAACCUAGCCUCUAAGUGGUGUGAGCGGCCUGAGUGGGUACACUUGGACAGCCGGCCCUUUGCCUCCCUGAGUCGCGACUCAGGGGCCGCCCUGGGUCUGGGCAUCGCCUUGCACUCUCCCUGCUAUGCCCAGGUACGGCGGGCAUACCUGGGAUACGGCCAGAAGUUAGUCUGCCUUGUGUUGGCCAUGGGGCUGCUGGGCCCCCUGGACUGGCUGGGCUACCCCCCUCAGAUCAGCCUCUUCUACAUCUUCAAUUUCCUGAAGCACACCCUCUGGCCAUGCCUGGUCCUGGCCCUCGUACCGUGGCUGGUGCACACGUUCAGUGCCCAGGAAGCACCACCCACCCGCUCUUCCUGACUCUGGGUGCCUCCUGCGGGUACUUUCCCUCUCACAAAGCCCACACUCCAUGACCUCCAUACUCCAGGGGAGCAGCCCCAUCCCCUUCCAGCCCUCUACAGGUCCUGCUCGUGUUGAAUUUUCUACUUCUCCCACCACCUGGUCUCAGCCCCAAAGAAGGGGCUUCUCUUUCCCGGGAAGGCUGGUCCUCCUUCUGCUUUCCUUCCCAAGUCCCCAAAGAGGAAAGGCAACAGCGAGACUAGUGGGUUCCUGUAACACUGUGAAGGGCUCACAGCAGUCCCAAUAAAGCCCUUCCAUACCUCUGGA